CGUACGCGCCUCCAGGCGCACGCGCAGUUCCUGCCCCAGGAACCCGGCAGCCACGGUGUGGGGCGCGCAGGCUACGCCGCCCGCUGCCGCUGUCACUAUGGCCCAUUACAAAGCCGCCGACUCGAAGCGGGAGCAGUUCCGGAGGUACCUAGAGAAGUCGGGAGUGCUGGACACGCUCACCAAAGUAUUGGUUGCCUUGUAUGAAGAACCAGAGAAACCCAAUAGUGCAUUGGAUUUUCUAAAGCAUCACUUAGGAGCUGCGACUCCAGAAAAUCCAGAAAUAGAGUUGCUUCGCCUGGAACUGGCAGAGAUGAAAGAGAAAUAUGAAGCUAUAGUAGAAGAAAACAAAAAACUGAAAGCAAAGCUUGCUCAGUAUGAACCACUUCAGGAGGAGAAGCGUGCUGAAUAGGAUUCUUCUCAGUUGAACAGGCACUGAAAACUGGCUUUGUACGAUUUGCAUAGUUUGUAUAGUAUAUAAUCAGUCUUUUAUGGACAGAUACUAUAGAACUCUUCUAAUAUGUUAAAUUCACUUAUCACAUUUAAUUGUUAUAAAAACACUUAGAAUCACUAAUAAAUAAACUUAAUAUAAUUUUCUUUGGCUCAUAAAGCAGGAAAAUCAAAAGUAAAUCCUGAGGAAUUCUAAAUACAGCCAUCUAAAUUGUUUUCAUUACCUUAAAAUGUAAUUAUCUGUUGUUUUCUCAGAUUAAAAAUGACUGUACUGUUGUUACAUUUUAACCAAGCAAAAACGAGCAUGGAGCUGCCUUGAGUUUAUUGCAGGAUGGAAGCCCAGAUAGGACUAUGCUUUGUAAAGCUGACAACGUUGUAGUUGUGAGACUCUCCUCUGAGCUUGGCCUGUAGCUGAGAUGCUCGGGAGGCAGCCACAGCCCUGCACGAGUUUCCUGGGAGCCCCUAUUGGCCCUUUGUUGAGAUGCUGUGCCGUGGAUGCUAUCUCAGCUUUCAUCAGCUCACCAGCCCUCACUCUCCUCCAUUUUGCUGUUGUGAUUGUGCUCUGGGUGCUGGCUCGUGCGGAGCUUUGUAGUGGGCUUCCCUGUGUUCUUCCUGCACCUUGGCCUUUGCUUAUUUGUUUUGCAGCUCGCUAUACAGUGGCACUUCCUGAGCCAAAGUUCAUAGAACUUUAAACAGAGCCAGACCUGCUGCUACUAAUGCACUGUGUAGCCUUGAGUAAGUCACUUCCUCUCACCAGACCUCAGUUUCCCCUUCUGUAAACUGAGGGGGCUUGCUUUCUGUGGUCUUAAGGUCCCUUCUAGUUCUGAUGUUCUGUAAUUCUUGUGCCCGUUUCUUUCCCGUGAAACUUGCUUAUUUAUGUUCAGCACUAAUCAAAGAUAAUCUUGAAAGGAGACAGUUCUAGAACUUUUGUAUCUGUAGUUCAUGGUCAUUUGUAGAGUGUAUUUCACCCCCAAAGUAUUUACCUCUUUAGUCUUUCAUCCUUAUUAUCCUUAUGAAGUUGGUAAGACAGGGUUGAGGUAGGGAAGGAACUUCUUGCCUUUGCCCCAGGCCUCUCUUAGGUUACCAUAUGUUGUUAUUGAGCCUUGCUCUGAGCCCACAUAGUAGUUGUGUGAACUCAGUUUGGGGUUAUUUCACCUCUUGGGGCCUCAAUUUCUCACCUAUACAAAGAAGGGGAUUGACUAGAUGACCUGAAUUAUAUUCUGGUCCUAAAUACCAUUGUUUAUAUUUACUUUCCAAAUUGUGCCCUUGUAGAUGGGACAUUAUCUUCUAAUAACCAUCGGGAAUAUGAAAGCGUUUCCUCUAUUAAGACUGGUUUGGUUAAUAAUAACACAUUACCACUUCUGUUGAAAGCUAUUCUAACUUGAUGGUACUAAAUCUAGUUUAUCCAAUGUGCCUUGCUGGUCCCACUCUUUACAUCUGUGGAAGUGGUUUAAAUGCAAUACUGUUAAUUCAGCUUUUUUAAGCACCCACUAAGGAUAAGGUGCUGUGGAAUAUACAAAAAUAAAAUCAGUCUAGUAGGAGCGAUAAGCUAUCACUGCACUAGCAGACCCCAUAUAAAGUGUCACAAGAGAAGGAAAUGAGGUAUUAAAUUCACUUGGAGACAUCACUUUCACCAUUAGUGGGAAAGUGGGAUGAGGUUGGGGCAAACAAAUCAUUUGCAUUUACCUAGUUUAAAUAAAUGAUGUGAAACUCCUCCAUGGAUGGAUUUGGACAGGCUACUGCCUGGAACUAACCAUUAACUUUUUGCAUGGGUUUAUUAGGAUGGUAGAUGUAGAGCAUACAUCUUGAACAAAAUUUCAUAAAUACAUAGCUCAAGGAUCCAUGAAUUUCCUCUGUAUGGAUGCCUCCUCCACCAACACAAAUUUCUGCUCUAAUGGUAGUUAGGUAGCCUUUGAGAGUUGCUGUGGCUGAAAAAUUGAAUAUUCUGUGGCCUUGAUCUUGAAAUUUAGUUAGAUUGGUUUUCAGAUGAGAUCACAGUCUGUCACUGAGUUCCUUCUUCAAGAACCCAGGAUUACCAUCAGCAUUUACUCUACAUUUGUUAUAUGAUGUGGCAAAACGUGGGUUGGAUGGGUGAUCAUGUGGCUAAUUAAAAGUGGUUGAACUUUAACAAA